AUGUUUUCCCUUUUCCUUUAUCCCUUGUUCUCUUUCUUACUGCAACAAUGUUUUCCCUUUUUCCUUUAUCCCUUGUUCUCUUUCUUACUGCAACAAUGUUUUCCUUUUUCCUUUAUCCCUUGUUCUCUUUCUUACUGCAACAAUGUUUUCCCUUUUUCCUUUAUCCCUUGUUCUCUUUCUUACUGCAACAAUGUUUUCCCUUUUUCCUUUAUCCCUUGUUUCUCUUUCUUACGGCAACAAUGUUUUUCCUUUUCCUUUAUCCCUUGUUCUCUUUCUUACUGCAACAAUGUUUUCCUUUUCCUUUAUCCUUGUUCUCUUUCUUACUUGUUUCCCUUUUCCUUUAUCCCUUGUUCUCUUUCUUUUCCUGUCUUUUUCCCUUUUCCUUUAUCCCUUGUUCUCUUUCUUACUGCAACAAUGUUUUCCUUUUCCUUUAUCCCUUGUUCUCUUUCUUACUGCAACAAUGUUUUCCUUUUUCCUUUAUCCCUUGUUCUCUUUCUUACUGCAACAAUGUUUUUCCCUUUUUUUUCCCUUUUCCUUUCUUACUGCAACAAUGUUUCCUUUUUCCUUUAUCCCUUGUUCUCUUUCUUACUGCAACAAUGUUUUCCCUUUUUCCUUUAUCCCUUGUUCUCUUUCUUACUGCAACAAUGUUUUCCCUUUUUCCUUUAUCCCUUGUUCUCUUUCUUACUGCAACAAUGUUUUUUUCCUUUUCCUUUUAUCUUUCCUGCAACAAUGUUUUCUUUUCCUUUUCCUUGUUCUCUUUCUUGCAACAAUGUUUUUCCCUUUUUCCUUUAUCCCUUGUUCUCUUUCUUACUGCAACAAUGUUUUCCUUUUUCCUUUAUCCUUGUUCUCUUUCUUACUGCAACAAUGUUUUCCCUUUUCCUUUAUCCUUACUGCAACAAUAUUUUUUCUCUUUCUUACUGCAACAAUGUUUUUCCCUUUUUCCUUUAUUUUCUCUUUCUUACUGCAACAAUGUUUGUUUUUCCUUUUCCUUUGUCCUUGUUUUUCUCUUUCUUACUGCAACAAUGUUUUCCUUUUUUUCCUUUAUCCCUUAUUUCUCUUUCUUACUGCAACAAUGUUUUCCUUUUUCCUUUAUCCCUUGUUCUCUUUCUUACUGCAACAAUGUUUUUCCCUUUUCCUUUAUCCUUGUUCUCUUUCUUACUCAACAAUGUUUUUCCCUUUUCCUUUAUCCCUUCCUUUUCUCUUUCUUACUGCAACAAUGUUUUCCCUUUUCCUUUAUCCCUUCUCUUCUCUUUCUGCAACAAUGUUUUCCUUUUUCCUUUAUCCCUUGUUCUCUUUCUUACUGCAACAAUGUUUUCCCUUUUCCUUUAUCCUUGUUCUCUUUUUUCUUACUGCAACAAUGUUUUCCCUUUUCCUUUAUCCCUAUUUCUCUUUCUUACUGCAACAAUGUUUUCCUUUUUCCCUUUUCCUUUAUUCAAUGUUUUCCCCUCAAACAAUGUUUUCCCUUUUUCCUUUAUCCUUGUUCUCUUUCUUACAACAAUGUUUUCCUUUUUCCUUUAUCCCUUGUUCUCUUUUCUUACUGCAACAAUGUUUUCCCUUUUCCUUUAUCCCUUGUUCUCUUUCUUACUGCGUCAAUGUUUUCCCUUUUCCUUUAUCCCUUAUUUCUCUUUCUUACGUCCUGAUGUUUUCCUUUUCCUUUCCCCUUUUCCUUUAUCCCUUGUUCUCUUUCUUACGCAACAAUGUUUUCCCCUUUUCCUUUAUCCCUUGUUCUCUUUCUUACUGCAACAAUGUUUUCCCCUUUUCCUUUAUCCCCUUGUUCUCUUUCUUACUGCAACAAUUUUUUUCCCUUUUCUUUUCCUUUCCUUUAUCUUUCCUGCAACAAUAUUUUUCUUUUUCCUUUAUCCUUGUUCUCUUUUCUUUUGCAACAAUGUUUUCCCUUUUCCUUUUAUCCUUGUUCUCUUUCUUACAACAAUUUUUCCUUUUUCCUUUAUCCCUUAUUCUCUCUUUCUGCAACAAUUUUUCCUUUUCCUUUAUCCCUUAUUUCUCUUUCUUACUGCAACAAUGUUUUCCCUUUUUCCUUUAUCCCUUAUUUCUCUUUCUUACUGCAACAAUGUUUUCUUUUUCCUUUAUCCUUAUUUCUCUUUCUUUGCAACAAUGUUUCCCUUUUCCUUUAUCCCUUGUUCUCUUUCUUACUGCAACAAUGUUUUCCCUUUUCCUUUAUCCCUUAUUUCUCUUUCUUACAGCAACAAUGUUUUUCCCUUUUCCUUUAUCCCUUGUUCUCUUUCUUACUGCAACAAUGUUUUCCCUUUUCCUUUAUCCUUGUUUCUCUUUCUUACUGCAACAAUGUUUUCCUUUUCCUUUAUCCCUUGUUCUCUUUCUUACUGCAACAAUGUUUUCCCUUUUUCCUUUCCCUUGUUCUCUUUCUUACAGCCAACAAUGUUUUCCUUUUUCCUUGUCCCUUGUUCUCUUUCUUACAACAAUGUUUUCCUUUUUCCUUUAUCCCUUGUUCUCUUUCUUACUGCAACAAUGUUUUUCCUUUUUCCUUUAUCCUUGUUCUCUUUCUUACUGCAACAAUGUUUUCCUUUUCCUUUAUCCUUUUUCUCUUUCUUACUGCAACAAUGUUUUCCCUUUUCCUUUAUCCCUUGUUCUCUUUCUUACUGCAACAAUUUUUCCUUUUUCCUUUAUCCCCUUUUCUCUUUCUUACUGCAACAAUGUUUCCCUUUUUCCUUUAUCCCUUGUUCUCUUUCUUACUGCAACAAUGUUUUCCCUUUUUCCUUUAUCCUUUUCUCUUUCUUACUGCAACAAUGUUUUCCCUUUUUCCUUUAUCCUUGUUCUUUCUUUCUGCAACAAUGUUUUUCCUUUAUCCCUUAUUUCUCUUUCUUACUCCAACAAUGUUUUUCCCUUUUCCUUUAUCCUUGUUUCUUUCUUACUGCAACAAUGUUUUCCCUUUUUCCUUUAUCCUUGUUCUCUUUCUUACUGCAACAAUGUUUUCCCUUUUCCUUUAUCCUUAUUUCUCUUUCUUACGUCAAUGUUUUUCCUUUUCCUUUAUCCCUUGUUUCUCUUUCUUACUGCAACAAUGUUUUCCUUUUUCCUUUAUCCUUGUUCUCUUUCUUACUGCAACAAUGUUUUCCUUUUUCCUUUAUCCCUUUUUCUCUUUCUUACUGCAACAAUGUUUUCCCUUUUCCUUUAUCCCUUGUUCUCUUUCUUACUGCAACAAUGUUUUCCUUUUCCUUUAUCCCUUUUUCUCUUUCUUUUCAAUGUUUUCCUUUUCCUUUAUCCCUAUUUCUCUUUCUUACUGCAACAAUGUUUUUUCCUUUUCCUUUAUCCCUUGUUCUCUUUCUUACUGCAACAAUGUUUUUCCUUUUUCCUUUAUAUUUUUCUUUUUCUUACUGCAACAAUGUUUUCCCUUUUCCUUUAUCCCUUGUUCUCUUUUUUCCCUUUUUCCUCCUUUCUUAUCCCUUGUUCCUCUUUCUUGCAACAAUGUUUUUCCCUUUUUCCUUUAUCCCUUGUUCUCUUUCUUGCAACAAUGUUUUCCCUUUUCCUUUAUCCCUUGUUCUCUUUCUUACUGCAACAAUGUUUUUCUUUUCCUUUAUCCCUUAUUUCUCUUUCUUACUGCAACAAUGUUUUUCCCUUUUCUUUGUCCUUAUUCUCUUUCUUACUGCAGCAAUGUUUUCCUUUUCCUUUAUCCUUAUUUCUCUUUCUUACUGCAACAAUGUUUUCCUUUUUCCUUUAAUGUUCUUCUUCCAAUGUUUUCCCUUUUUCCUUUAUCCUUGUUCUCUUUCUUACUGCAACAAUGUUUUCCCUUUUCCUUUAUCCUUGUUCUCUUUCUUUUGCAACAAUGUUUUCCUUUUUCCUUUAUCCCUUGUUCUCUUUCUUACAACAAUGUUUUUCCCCUUUUCCUUUAUCCCUUGUUCUCUUUCUUACUGCAACAAUGUUUUCCCUUUUUCCUUUAUCCCUUAUUUCUCUUUCUUACUCAACAAUGUUUUUCCUUUUUCCUUUAUCCUUGUUCUCUUUCUUACUGCAACAAUGUUUUCCUUUUCCUUUAUCCCUUAUUCUCUUUUCUUUCCUUUUUUUCCUUUUUCUCUUUCUUACUGCAACAAUGUUUUUCCUUUUCCUUUAUCCAACAAUGUUUCCCUUUUCCUUUAUCCUUAUUUCUCUUUCUUACUGCAACAAUGUUUUCCCUUUUCCUUUAUCCCUUAUUUCUCUUUCUUACUGCAACAAUGUUUUCCUUUUUCCUUUAUCCCUUAUUUCUCUUUCUUACUGCAACAAUGUUUUUCCCUUUUCCUUUAUCCCUUGUUCUCUUUCUUACUGCAACAAUGUUUUCCCCUUUUUCCUUUAUCCCUUAAUGUUUUCUCUUUCUUACUUGCAACAAUGUUUUCCCUUUUCCUUUAUCCCUUAUUUCUCUUUCUUACUGCAACAAUGUUUUCCUUUUUCCUUUAUCCCUUGUUCUCUUUCUUACGUCCACAAUGUUUUCCCUUUUUCCUUUAUCCCUUGUUCUCUUUCUUACUGCAACAAUGUUUUCCUUUUUCCUUUAUCCCUUGUUCUCUUUCUUACUGCAACAAUGUUUUCCCUUUUUCCUUUAUCCCUUGUUCUCUUUCUUACUGCAACAAUGUUUUUCCUUUUUCCUUUAUCCUUGUUCUUUUCUUACUGCAACAAUGUUUUCCUUUUUCCUUUAUCCCUUGUUCUCUUUCUUACUGCAACAAUGUUUUCCUUUUUCCUUUAUCCUUGUUCUCUUUCUUACUGCAACAAUGUUUUCCUUUUCCUUUAUCCCAUUUCUCUUUCUUACUGCAACAAUGUUUUCCCUUUUCCUUUAUCCUUGUUUCUCUUUCUUACUGCAACAAUGUUUUACCCUUUUUCCUUUAUCCCUUGUUCUCUUUCUUACUACCACAAUGUUUUCCUUUUCCUUUAUCCCUUGUUCUCUUUCUUACUGCAACAAUGUUUUCCCUUUUUCCUUUAUCCCUUAUUCUCUUUCUUACUGCAACAAUGUUUCCUUUUCCUUUAUCCUUGUUUCUCUUUCUUACUGCAACAAAUUUUUCCCUUUUCCUUUAUCCCUUGUUCUCUUUCUUACUGCAACAAUGUUUUCCUUUUUCCUUUUAUCCCUUGUUUUUCUCUUUCUUUCUCUGCAACAAUGUUUUCCUUUUCCUUUAUCCUUGUUCUCUUUCUUACUGUUUUCCAACAAUGUUCUUUUUUCCUUUUCCUUUAUCCUUUUUCCUUUCUUCCAACAAUGUUUUCUCUUUCUUACUUGUUUUAACAAUGUUUUCCCAAUUUUUCCUUUAUCCCUUGUUCUCUUUCUUACUGCAACAAUGUUUUUCCUUUUUCCUUUAUCCCUUGUUCCUUUUCUUACUACAACAAUGUUUUCCCUUUUUCCUUUAUCCCUUGUUCUCUUUCUUACUGCAACAAUGUUUUCCCUUUUCCUUUAUCCUUGUUCUCUUUCUUACUGCAACAAUCUUUUUCCUUUUUCUUUUCCUUUCUUAUCCCUUUUUCUCUUUCUUACUUGCAACAAUGUUUUCUUUUUUUCCUUUAUCCCUUGUUCUCUUUCUUACUGUAAACAAUGUUUUCCCUUUUUCCUUUAUCCCUUGUUCUCUUUCUUACUGCAACAAUGUUUUUCCCUUUUUCCUUUAUCCCUUAUUCUUUUCUUACUGCAACAAUGUUUUCCCCUUUUCCCUUGUUCUUUUUCUUACUGCAACAAUGUUUUUUUUUUUUUUUGUUCUCUUUCUUACUGCAACAAUGUUUUCCCUUUUCCUUUAUCCUUUAUCCUUUCUUUCUUACUGCAACAAUGUUUCCUUUUUCCUUUAUCCCUUAUUUCUCUUUCUUACUGCAACAAUGUUUUCCUUUUCCUUUAUCCUUUUUCUCUUUCUUACUGCAAUUAAUGUUUUCCCUUUUCCCUUUUCCUUUUUACUGCAAUUAAGUUUCCUUUUUUUAUCCCUUGUUCUCCCUUUUCUUACUGCAACAAUGUUUUCCCUUUUCCUUUAUCCCUUGUUCUCUUUCUUACUGCAACAAUGUUUUCCCUUUCCUUUCCCUUCUCUUUCUUACUGCAACAAUGUUUCUCUUUAUCCCUUUUCUCUUUCUUACAUUAAUGUUUUUCCCUUUUCCUUUAUCCUUGUUCUUUUUCUUACUUAA